CCUCCCUCUCUCUCUUUCCAAUAUGGUGGGAGAGAGCGAAGAAGCUGCUGCCGCUGAGGAGAAGGCGUGCAAGCCGCCGCCAAUCACAGCGCCUCCUGAGACGACACGCCCUCUCGACUGGACUGAGCUAUCCGACUCCGAGGUGGAAGUGGUAAACCCCCAACCCAAGGAAGGCCAGGUCGCCGGUCCCGGAGCUGUGCUCCCAAAAGGCCUACCAGAACAUCGGUGGGUGGAGCUUAGCUCGGGAGAUGGAACCUCCACGAGGUCCCCGCUGGGUACUUUGUUUCCCUUCUCCCGCUCAAGAUUCUCGAAUCUUGCACGGGCGAAGGGAAACAUUGCUAACCGUCUCCUCCCGCAAGGGCACCCGGUCUUCUUUUAACGCCGCUUUGGUUCCUACGGACCUUAUAGCGGCAGUUUUUCC